AUGACGAAUAUGCUACGGUUUGAUCCUGUGAUUGCCAGGCAUGCUGCCCGGCUGAAGAACAGGACCCAUGACAGGUUCGGUCGCGAUCCUGAGGAAUUGGAUCACCUGGAGUCCGGUGGCGCCCCACAGGUCCGCAACGAGGUCCAAGAAAAUCUCAACCUCGACCACCAACCUGACCUUCCGCAGGUCCAUUUUUUUGGGCGGCGUCGCGAUGAUGUCUCGGCAUGCAAACUCAAUGUACUCCCUGAGCAUGAAGUUUCAGAAGUUCUACCUGACACACCGCUAGAGACAGCCAUCGGCCAACGACACAAACGGGCUCCAAGCGCCCGGACCACUGCCGUAGCCGUUCAAGGGGCGUCGACGAGCUCCCGGCUCCGUUUAUUCUGGAACUCCGCAAACGAACACGGCGAGAAGGGAUCACACCUUACGAAGGUCAAACGCGCACGGAUGUCAAGCGGUCUUCGACGUACUGUGGCAGCUUCUGGCGCACUAUACCGCGACAGGUUCGUAGGGUUGCCCCCACAACUUGUGCCGACAUCGCAACGGCGGAUAGUGGUUUCGGCGAAGGGGAAAUUGAAAGCGAUGGAGCUCGAGGAGCUUCCUGAGGAAGAUGCCGGAGAUGAAGCCAGCGACAUCAAACGAGCUGUUUCUGGAAUCGGUCGUCGAUGA